AAAAAAGAGAUUGCUCUAUUUUUAGAGAAAGCAUGGGAUUAAAAUGAGUGAGUAAUGUGUUUACGAUUUUAUUUAGUCUCUUUCAUGUCAUCAUUUUCCAAGGACUCUGACUCUGGAGAUUCAUAUAAGAAGUUUAGUCGCCAUCGACAUUCAUUGGAUCCGAAGUAUAUUGAGUCUUUAGGGCAGAAUGAGCGAUAUACGAGCAGUAAUUAUAGACGUAGCUCAAUAGGGGUACCAUCACGUAUACAUACACAUACUUCUUUUCGACCUACGAAUAUUAGGACAGAUAUUUCUAGUUCAUACAGAUCUGAUCCUUUAGAAAAUAGAUAUAAUUAUGUAUCUGACAUAAGAAGGGCUAGCUAUAGUCCGUCGUCUUAUUCGCCCGCUUCCAAUGUAUCGAGCAGAUCGAGCAUUCCUCCUUCUUCUCGUAAUACAAAUUAUUCUUCUUCAAUUGGGAUUGGGUCUAUUUUGAGGAGUCAAAUACCAGACCGCCAAAGCGAAAGGGAACUGAAAGCCUCUCAGAGGGCCUUUCAAGCUCAAAUUCGCGAAUGGAAAAAUUUUUGGUCUUCUGUCAGCAGAUGCGAAUUGGAGCAUGAGAAACAAGCUCAAAUUGCAUGUCGAAAGCAAGAACGUUUUGAGGAGGCCUGUCGGGAUCAACUUGAGCAAUGCGAACGUGAUUGGAAUAAAAAAUUAGAAAAUGCGAAAAUUCAAGAGGCUGAACGUGAGGAAAGACGAAAUUUAGCAGCACUGAAAAAUAGAGCCAAUCUAGAACGACGACUGAAGACAUACGAGCAAAAUGCUGCUGAACGAUUGAAAUUGCUCAUUGAAAAACAUACUCUGAAUUUGGACAAACGUCUGAACAGCUUGAAAAAUGCGCGUGAGGAACAUGCAAGAUUGGAAUCAGAGUUCAAUGAUGCAGACAGAUAUUCUAGGUAUCUUGAUCUACAUUGGUAUGCUUAUCAAAUGAGAUGGGCAAAUUGAAGUUUCAAAAAUACAUUGGCAAAAUGGGGAUGGCUACGGAAAAGUUUGUUUGAAAAAAGGCGUUAUAAUUUUAUGGUUAGCGACGGCGUUUUGAUUUAAAAUAAAUUUCAAAGAACAAAAAACAUUUUCUAUUUCGAGCAAGAUAACGUCUGUUUUUAAAUUAUCAUCUCUACGCCUGGCUAAUAGAUCCAGCUAUCCUGUGUAUCCCUUCCGAAAGUCAUUCAGUUCGUGGAAAAGCAAGUUUGAGCCAUUGACAAUGAAAGUAGUUGUUGUACCGGUCAACCAAGACAACUAUGCAUAUUUGCUCAUAGACGAAAAGAAGAAGAGGGCUGCAGCAGUCGAUCCUGCAGAGCCAAAAAAAGUUUUGAAGGCAGCUGAAGAGCAUGGUUGUGAUAUUGAUUGUAUAUUGACUACUCAUCAUCAUGCAGACCAUUCUGCAGGAAACCAAGAACUUUCUGAUACCUUGCAAAACUUAUUGGUGGUAGGCGGCGAUGAUCGAGUGCCUUGCAUUAACAAAAAAAUGAAACAUGAAGAAGUUUUAGCUUGGUCGACUCUAGAGAUUCGCAGUCUAGCUACGCCUUGUCAUACAUCUGGACACAUUUGCUAUUAUGUAACAGAUCCUUCUGAUCCUGAGAGUAAACCUGUCCUGUUUACAGGUGAUACAUUAUUUAUUGGAGGAUGUGGGAGGUUUUUCGAGGGAAAUGCUUCUCAAAUGCAUCAUGCGUUGAACAAAGUUUUAUCAUCAUUACCUGAAUCGACGUUGGUUUAUUGUGGUCAUGAAUAUACUGUGUCUAAUCUUAGAUUUGCUCAGCAUAUAGAACCAGAUAAUCAAGACAUCAAAAAAAAAUUAGAAUGGGCAAAGCUGGUUUUACAACGGGUCCCUUCUGCGCAUCCCUAUACUGUUCCAUCAACUUUAGGCGAUGAAAAACGCACGAAUCCAUUCAUGCGAGUUCAUCUAAGCUCUGUCGUACAGGGGGCGGGGUUCAAGGUUGAUGCUGACGAAGUCUCUGUCAUGCAGCGAUUAAGAGAAGAAAAAAACAACUUUAAAUAAAUUUAUUCUAUUAUUUU